ACAGACAACAACAGUGACAGACCGAGUGAGAAAGACCGCAUUUCUUUUUUUUGCUUUCAGUUAUGGGUGUAGUCUGAUGAGUUUGAAAUACUAAUUGCACUGCAGCUUUACCUCGAAGUUUUAUCCUCAUGAAGGAGCUCCGUCCUGGCUGAGUUGGGAGAUGGGAGUACUUAACAUCACAGACCAGCCUCCUCUGGUCCAGGCCAUCUUCAGUCGUAAUACUGAAGAAGUUCAACUGUUAUUGCACAGAAAAGAAGAUGUCAAUGCACUGGACCAAGAGCGCCGCACACCACUUCAUGCUGCUGCCUGUGUGGGUGAUGUCCAAAUUAUGGACCUCCUCAUUGAAUCAGGUGCCAGCGUAAAUGCUAAAGACAACGUUUGGUUGACCCCAUUGCACAGGGCGGCUGCUUCAAGGAAUGAAAGGGCGGUGGGUCUUCUGCUGAGGCGCGGAGCUGAGGCAAACACGAGAGACAAGUUCUGGCAGACGCCGCUACAUGUGGCUGCGUCCAACCGGGCCACUCGCUGCGCUGAGGCUCUGCUGACCCAGCUGAGCAACUUGAACAUGGCAGAUCGCACUGGUCGGACAGCCCUGCACCAUGCGACAGAGAGCGGUUUCCAAGAGAUGGUGAAGCUGCUGCUGAACAAAGGAGCCAACCUGAGUGCCAUUGAUAAGAAGGAGAGACAACCUAUUCAUUGUGCUGCUUUUUUGGGACACUUGGAGGUUGUGAAAAUGCUGGUAUCCCGUGGCGCUGACAAGAGCUGCAAGGAUAAGCUGGGUUAUACACCUCUCCAUGCUGCUUCUGCAAGCGGUCACAUCGAAAUUGUAAAGUACCUUCUGAGGAUGGGAACAGAGAUUGAUGAACCCAAUGGCUUUGGAAACACCGCGCUCCAUGUGGCCUGCUACAUGGGGCAGGAGGCUGUGGCCACUGAACUGGUGAACCAUGGAGCUAACGUCAACCAGCCCAACAAGUGUGGCUUCACCCCUCUGCACCUGGCUGCCGUCUCCACCAAUGGUGCCCUGUGUUUAGAGUUGCUGGUCAACAAUGGGGCCGACGUCAACCAGCAGAGCAAAGAAGGAAAGAGCCCCCUGCACAUGGCAGCCAUUCAUGGACGCUUCACGCGUUCUCAGAUCCUCAUCCAAAAUGGUGGGGAAAUUGAUUGUGUGGAUAAAUAUGGCAAUACCCCCCUCCACGUCGCUGCUAAGUAUGGCCAUGAACUGCUGAUAAGCACUCUGAUGACCAAUGGAGCAGACACGGCCAGACGUGGGAUCCAUGGAAUGUUCCCCUUGCACUUAGCUGUGCUGUACGGGUUUUCGGACUGUUGUCGCAAGUUACUCUCCUCAGGUCAGCUGUAUAGUAUAGUUUCAUCUAUGAGUAAAGAGCAUGUGCUAUCAGCUGGGUUUGACAUCAACACCCCUGACAACUUUGGGAGAACCUGUCUGCACGCUGCUGCCUCUGGAGGAAAUGUUGAAUGUCUGAACUUACUCUUAAGUAGCGGUACUGAUCUGAACAAGAGAGACAUAAUGGGAAGGACACCAUUGCACUAUGCGGCUGCUAAUGGGAGGUACCAGUGCACUGUGUCCCUGGUUAAUGCUGGUGCUGAGGUUAAUGAACAAGACCAGACUGGCUGUACUCCCCUGCACUACUCUGCUGCCUCGCAAGCCUUCAGCAGAACUGAUCGUCAUUAUUCUGGGAACCAUCAAAUUACUGAGGAUGAGACAAAGGAGUCCUACUUUUGCUUGGAGCAUCUUUUGGACAAUGGCGCUGAUCCAUCUAUGGUCAACUCAAAAGGUUACAGUGCUGUUCACUAUGCAGCUUACCACGGCAACAAGCAGAACCUGGAGCUGCUAUUGGAGAUGUCAUUUAAUGCACUUGGAGACAUAGAGAGCAGCAUCCCAGUCAGUCCUCUCCAUCUUGCUGCUGAUAGGGGCCACUGGCAGGCCCUACGCGUCCUCACAGAGACGGCAGCUUAUGUGGACAUGCAGGAUGCUGCUGGCCGCUCUGUGCUCUAUUUGGCAGCUCAGAAAGGCUAUGCACGCUGUGUGGAGGUGCUUUUAGCUCAGGGGGCAUCCUGUUUGCUCAAUGACAACCAUCUUAUGUGGACUCCAAUUCAUGUUGCAGCUGCAAAUGGCCACUCUGACUGCCUGCGCAUGAUGAUUGAAUACGGAGAGGAGGGGGAUCUCAUCAAUAUCGUGGAUAAAUUUGCCCAAACCCCUUUAAUGCUUUCUGUUCUGGGAGGUCACUCUGAUUGUGUUCACUUCCUGUUGGAGAAAGGUGCUCAACCAGACGCUAAGGACAAGAGAGGACACACGGCUUUGCACAGAGGGGCAGUUUUGGGACAUGAUGACUGUGUAGCAGCUCUGUUGGAGCACAAAGCUUCUCCCUUAUGUCGGGACGCCCAGGGUAGGACACCGCUGCACUAUGCUGCCUCCAGAGGCCACACAGACAUACUGGCCAGUCUGGUGCAGGCCGCCGUGGCAACUGACCCACAGGAUAAACUGCUGGACAACAAACAAUACACCCCAAUACACUGGGCUGCCUACAAAGGGCAUGAAGACUGUUUGGAGGUUUUACUUGAAUUUAAAACACUUAUUCAUGAAGAGGGAAAUCCUUUCACUCCCCUGCACUGUGCUCUGAUGAACGGCCACAGCGGCGCUGCAGAGAGGCUGCUGGAAUCUGCCGGAGUCCAUAUGAUCAACACCAGAGACGCCAAAGGAAGGACCCCCCUGCAUGCAGCCGCAUUUUCUGAGGAUGUUGCAGGACUUCAGCUGGUUCUUCGCCACGGGGCAGAGAUCAAUGCCGUGGACACAAGUGGACGCUCUGCUCUGAUGGUAGCUGCUGACAGGGGACUUAGCGGCACUGUGGCCAUCCUCCUCCACCGAGCCAAGGCUGAUUUGACACUGCUGGAUGAGAACAGGAACACUGCCCUGCACCUGGCCUGCAGCAAGGCCCAUGAGAUGUGCGCUCUGCUGAUUCUGGGAGAGAUCCACAACCCCACUCUCAUAAAUGCCACCAACAGUGCUCUGCAAAUGCCCCUCCAUCUUGCAGCUCGUAACGGCCUGGCCACGGUGGUGCAGGCACUGCUGAGUAGAGGAGCUACAGUGCUUGCUGUGGAUGAGGAAGGCCACACCCCAGCUCUGGCCUGCGCGCCCAACAAGGAUGUGGCCGACUGCCUGGCUCUGAUCCUGUCUACCAUGAAGCCUUUCCCUCAGCGGGACCCCUCCUCCUGCUCCUCCUCCUCGCCCACCGUUCCCUCCUCCGCGGGUCUCAACUUGCUGAAGCACUGCGGCAUCACCGCCGCCUGUUCCCCUCUGCCCAGCAAUGGCCUCCACAACGGCUACGUCAAAGACCGCCAUGGUGCACCGGUCAGCCUGGACGGGUGUCUGUCCGAGUGAGGUCACCUGACCCUCUUCAAACUCGGUCAGCUGCUAUCAACAUCACCACCACCAGGGGGCGACUACCUUAAACAUGGUCAAGAGGACCAGAAGAGCACCCACCCACAUGUCUGUUUUCUCUGUAUGUACGUGAUCGUUUGUCUGCGUGAGCGUUUGGUCUUCUCUUGAGGUGCAGUCAAACCUAUUAUGCAAUUAGAUCCCAUUCCUCCAUCUCCUGGUAGUGCUUAAUGCAAAGAGGCAGAUCACUCUACAAGGUCACUAAGAUGAGGCAUUUAAGAUAAACACUAGCAAUCUGGCCAUCUCUAAAUUAUUUAACCCUUUAAAACCCUGCUGACAAUAUAACCAGCUUUUCAGAGCAUGGAGGUCUCUCUAUCAGCUGUCAUUUCCUUCAUAUCAUGUAAUAGAAGUCAUAUCAUGUUUAACCAAUAAGGUGACCUUGUAGAGGAUCAUACAGCCUUCCCAAAAGAAUGAUCAAAGAGUUUUUUUGUUUGUUUUUUGAGCUUUUUUUUUUGUCUAUUAGCCUAGAUUUUUAUGAAGGAACCACACAAGGGAAAGUCAAAGGUUUUGCUUCAGAGUGCAAUGCUUUUUUGUACUACAGUACAAUCUGAAAUUAGGAGAAAAGGGUCAUAAAGUUGUUAAAUCUUUAGCUUACUCUAAACUUAUGGCCUAGAAUUGUUUGGCAUUUUAAGAUGAUUUGGUAAACGCUGCUGAAUUCAUUAGCAUGUCUCCUUCCAAAGGAGAGCCAUUCUAGGGGUCAGCACCAUAACAUCCUAAAGUUCUGAGUGCUGGCCCUGUUUUGUUGGGGUUUUUUAAGAUGCUAAAUAAGUGUUCGUUAAGCUAGAAUGUUUCUAAGCAUAUAAGUUAUGACCAAAGUUGAUCAACACUACUAUGGCUAUAAAUUAUUUAUUUGAGAUGAACUGUACUGUAUAGAGAAAGACAGUAGAUCUUGAUAUACCUCGUCAACUCGUUUAGCAGCUGCUUCAUCUUCACCCAGGGUCCGUAGGCCUAACGUUCUCUUCUAUAUUUUCUUUUUUUUUUGUAAGACUUAGAGAACUGCUGUAGGAUAGUGACUGACUGAGGCCUUGUUUAUUUCUAGAUGAAGGCUUUACUAGUAAUAUCUGCCAACAACACCUCAUCGAAGCAUCUUUUAUCUGAGCACAUAAAUGAACAAGCCAUUUCAAUUUAUUUCCCAUCUCUUUAACAGUGUUUUCCAGAGAAGAUUUCACAAUUUAAAAUGCCUGAUUACUGAAAAAUAGCAAUCAGUCUCAUUUUUAGGCACUAACGAUUUUUUUUCCUUUUUGUUUAUUUUAAUUUUUUUCAGUGCGUGUGUCUUUAAAUUAUCGGCUGGCCAUUAACGCGUUAGCUCUCGCUAACAGUAUUUCAUGGAGCUAUUGAAUUUGUCUUAAAAAUCUACAUCACAGCUUCUUGGUGGUGAGAUGAUCAGUUUGAAAAAAUAGUCUUCUUUUUAUUAUUAUUUGGCAGUUUCCAAGCAAUAUUUUCUUUUUGCCUUUUUGUUGAGCAUUAUUAAAUAGACAAUCACUGUCACAAGGGCUUUUGUUUCCCUAGAAUGUGUUUUUGGUUUCCUUUUUUUUUUUUCCCCCAUUUUGUUUUACCUAAAGACUAAACGAAUGGCUCUGUGCGUGCCGGGCAUUUUACUGUCAGUGUCAACCUAAAUGCACUGGAUUGCCUUUGUGGCAUCUCAAGAAAUGCCUUUUGACCCAUGCCUUCUACGACACUUCAUUUCAGUUGGAUUGCUUAGUGGCAAAGGUGACGAGCCCUGAGAGCGAUUAUGUUGCCGCCCACCCAAUGGCCGCGGCGUUUAACUACAGCUACACCAUCGUAUCUAAUGUUUUAAAUGCAUAAAUAAAUGCUUGGCUUAUCUUUACUCUCUGGCAUUGCUGGUAAAACGGGGAAGUCAUUAUCUCUCUGAGGGGG